AUGAGUUCUGAUCGCGAAGCUUCGGCAAUGCCCACAGCGGGGUUGAGUGAGGGCGUCAUCAUUGAUUCGUUGAAUCAGAAUAACAGGAGAGCAUCCUUUGCUGAGGGUGGUGAGCCUUAUCCCAAUGGCGAAUCUCGCAGUACAGGUGAUGUUGAGCAUGGCGACAACAUCAAUGGCUAUACAAAUGGUGCAACUAACGGCCGAGAGGUUUCUAUUCCCUUAUGGAACAGGCCCGCUUAUUCUGCUUCCAAAAAGUUGCGUAUCGUGACCAUUGGUGCUGGGUUUUCGAGCUUAAUUUUCGCGCACAAGCUUCGGUAUGAACAUUCGGAGAUGGAAGUUAUCGUGACCAACACGAUAUUUGAGGCAAGGGCAGAAGUGGGCGGGACAUGGCUCGUCAACUCCUAUCCAGGAGUGCAGUGUGAUGUACCUUCCCAUAUAUACGCCUUCCCUUUCGACCCCAACCCAGAUUGGAGUCAUUUUUACUCGACUGGACCGCAGAUUCAGGAAUAUAUCACCAAGACUGUCAAGAAAUGGAACCUGGACCGUGAUAUCCAGUUCAGUACUCGCGUCCUUGGCACAUAUUGGCAGGAGGAACACGGUCGGUGGAGAAUUGUUGUUGAGAAUGAAGGCCGCCAACGCGAGGAAUAUGCCGACAUUGUGAUUUCUGCUCAAGGCUUUCUAAAUACCUGGAAAUGGCCUGAUAUCCCGGGGCUACAGGACUUUGAAGGCCACAAAGUUCACUCUGCAUCUUGGGAUCACUCAUACGACUAUUCUCAUAAACGAAUAGGAGUGAUUGGCAACGGCUCUUCCGGCAUUCAGAUCUUGCCUGCGCUUGCAAGGCUAAAUGGCACCGACCUGACAAGCUUUCAAAGAGGGCCGACAUGGGUUGUGGCUCGAAUGGAUCCCGGUAGAUUGCUCGGAAAGCCCAAUAUUGGAUCGAAUCCAGAAUACACUGAAGAAGACAAGCAAAAGUUCCGACGAGACAGAGAACAUCACCACCAGUACAGGAAGAAUCUUAUCCAUAGGAUUAACCUUGCGUUCAGGAUGUUCAUUAAGGGUUCUAUGGAGAACAAAGACAAUACAGCAUUUGCCAAGCAACAGAUGGCCGCAAAGCUGAACAAUGACCCGAUACUGUGUGAGAAAUUGAUACCGAAGUGGGAGUUGGGUUGUCGCCGAGUCACCCCGGGGGCCGGCUAUCUGGAAGCAUUCUUGCUACCAAACGUUCACCUUACCCAGAGCCAUAUUAAGAACAUCACAAGCGACUCAAUCAUUACCGAAGAUGGGCGUGAGCAUAAAGUUGACGUCAUCGUAUGUGCCACCGGCUUUGAUGUUUCUCAUCAGCCGAUAUACCCAGUCAUUGGUCGCAACAAAGUCAAUCUCGCAGAAAAAUGGGCGGACGAACCUAAAUCAUACUUCUCUCUGGCAUGUCCUGAGUUUCCCAACUAUUUCAUCUUCACAGGGCCCAACGCCAUUGUUGGGCAUGGAUCGCUGAUCGAAGGACUCGGAUGGGUCGCAGAGUAUAUCAUCAAGUGGUUGAAAAAAAUAUCGUCUGAAGAUAUCAAAUGCGUUUCUCCUAAGCAGCUUGCUGUCGACGAGUUCAUUAAGUAUGGGGAUGAAAUUCACAAGACCCUAGUCUGGACUGGGCAGUGUCGGAGUUGGUACAAGAAAAACAGGAUCGAUGGAAGGGUAACCGCGACCUUCCCCGGUAGUGCGCUGCUCUUCCGACGGAUGAUCACAGAUAUCAGAGGGGAGGAUUUUGAGAUCGAGUAUAAUUCUCCCAAUCGUUUCAGGUUUAUGGGUAGUGGCUUCACCGAAUAUGAGCUAGAUGAUGCGAAUGACUUGGCUUGGUACAUUAAGAAGACUUGA